AUGCUGGUAACAACUGAUGCGGUGUCAAGAGACAAAGUUCCAUCCGUGUGUCUCACGACUCUGUUGACUUUGCUGGAGGGUGAAUCAUUUUGUGAAGAUCAUCUUUCGCCUUUGUUAUCUGGGCGAAAUCCAUUAAAGACAGAAGAACCACUUUUAUUGUCGCACUUCAGGCAGUUGGUCAAGAUAUCGCAAGAUGUGAACUGCCCUCAGCUAGAUUACACAAUUUUAAAACUUUUGCAAAAGUCUAUGUUGUAUGUAAUGGGUUCAACGGCCACUUUCUUAGACAUCUGUCUCAACCAAUCGACUAAAGCCAAAAUUGCUAUAGCAGCACACUUAGUCAAACAUUGUCCUUCCUUGAGGUCGCAUUUUGAACUUCGCUGUUUGGAUAAACUAAAGCCGAGGAAGAAGCCAAAAGCACUUGACAUUACCUGUACAAUGUUUCCAGUGGCGCUCAAGGAACAUCCGGCAGAGUUCCUCCCUGUGGUGUCGUCAUACCUGUUUUGUAUGCGAGGAAUAAGCGCAGAAAAGUUAGGUUGCAGAACACAGGCAGUUGUGUCCCAUUUGGUUGAGUUGUAUUGGGCACCGUUGUGGGCGUGGCUAGUUAGUGAUAGGGAAGGAAUUUCCAAAGGAUCAGAGGAAUUAAGCAUGGACGUGCUGACUGCUCUAAUACUUCACAUGCCAAAAGAUAACAAUCUUUUGAAACAGCUCAACGGACUUUUGACAAGAGCUUCUUUGUGGGACAGAUACCAGCUGAGAAUUUGUCGCCAACUUUUAACAAGCCAAUAUCGCAACUUUUCUACCAAUGAAGAUGGAGUGAAUAUUAUCAGAAAAUUUUGUUUUGCCUGUAUGGAAUUAUUGUCCAGUAAUCUAAUUGAAACAGAUACAAACAGCGACAAUGAACAAGUUAGAGAGGACUCUCUGGAUUCUCUGGGAUGGAUUUGCGAGAAUACAGUCAGCAUCAGUAUCGUGAAUGAAGAUUGCUUGACAACCUGGAAGAACUUUGUAACUAACUCGUUAAGGUAUAAAUUUGAAAGUUCCGAAGUUCUUCGAAUUUUGAGUUGCAUUAUUAAGGCCAUAUACAAGAAACAAGACAAGGGAGAGAGUCUCCCUUAUGGACUUUUGUCCCUGGACACUUUGUAUGAAAUGGUGUUGAGUCAUUCUCGGUUCUUGAAUAUCCUCCUUAGUACUGACAAGAACAUGGAUGCGAAAGAAAAGCUGGCAGAUCUGAUGGUCACGAUUGUAGAACUAAGUCCUAGUUGCUGCAAGUCUUCACACCUUCCUGUGCUGUUUGCAGCAUAUUCGGCGACUUUGUCAGCCACAGAUCAGUCUAUUUUGUAUCUGAUGAAUUUGUAUGAGAAAAACCACAUAUCCUUUAGGAACUACAGACCUUUUCUCUGGGGCCCAGCUGCUGCGCGCCAUCAUCAAGUCUCCAAGAGCCUGAGUCCAUCCCUACUGCAACAACCAACUGUCACUGAAGUGAUGGAACAAAUGGCUGCCAGCAAAAUGUUCCAGUCAGCGGUGUCCUUUCCUCAGGGCAGGCUUUUACAGCCUCAAGUCCAGAUGGAAGUUGCUUGUGAAGGACUCCGAGAUCUUUAUGACCCUUGUUUCCUUCUUCCGUUAUUCAGCUGUCUCCUUGCUCCAAAUUUUCAAGUCGACUGUCGGAAGUUUGUGGAGCAAGGAUGCUUAGGUUUAUCAGUGGCUGCCCUGUCCUCACGUGAUGGAAACAUGAGGAAAGCGGGGUAUCAUGUGCUCAGCAGAUAUAUGAUGCAUCUUGACGGUGUAAGAUUCAGGGAGAAAAAACAGAUUUUUCAUCUAUUGACGUAUUUGAAGAACAGUAUUACUGAAGAGUAUUGCCGCUUGUCCUCGUUAAUGACAUCCUUUUUGGCUCGUGUGGCUCUCAUUCUACUGAAACCAGAGCAUCCCUUCUACAUUAUGAUGAACAGCUUUUUGCUCCAGAGACCUGCUUUGGAUUUGAAGGAUUUACCGUUGUUUUACAACAUGUUCAACAGCAGUACUAUGCAGCACGCGACCGAGCGAUCCUGGAUGCUACAGCUCCUGGUGGAUGGUAUGAAGGACAGCCCUGAUUACUAUCUUUACAAACGGCGUCACGUGAUAGAGCUGGCACUGAGCUAUCACGAUUCACCGGUCAGUGAUCAUCGCUCACAGACGUUGGUCACUCAGUUGUUGCUCUCAGCUCUGAAGAUACAACCGGCUGCAUAUGAUCUGACCAAAAACUAUGGCAUCGUCGCCUGGAUUCACUCUCUGUGUUAUAAGAGCUCUGCAAGACUUCAGACAAGUCUGGACCUGCUACACACCCUUUGGUUUACAUUACAGUCUCCUGACAAAGAGAGUGGACAUGUGACCGAGGAGGAGAAACCUCGACGGCCUCCAAACUUGGCUCCAGAAUGCUCAUUAGUGUGCUGGACCCUUCUCGAGCAACUCAGAUCGUGUUCAAGUGUGAAUUGUAUCUGUCGUUAUUUACGCCUUCUGGCGUCCGUUUUGACCUGCCUGGAAACCAAUGGGAAACCUUCUGGCUUGUCAUAUGACCGUAUUAUUAACUUGUUGCGCUUGUGGUGUGAAACAUUUCAAGAAACGGUGAUGCUGAAUCAAUUGCUUACAACUUUGAAACUGUCUGGAAAGUGUGACGGGGUUCUAAAAACUACAAAUGCACCUCCCGAGCAAGGGCGUGCUGAUCUCAAAACAGAAAGUCUCUCUUCAUUGCUAGCAGUGCUCUUAACAUGGAAACCGUCUGGCGUGGAAACACAUCUCACUGUUCGUCUAAUCUGGCACUUUGAAUUAGCGCAAUGUCAAAGAAAAGUCUUGAACUUUGAAACUCCUCUGGUAGGCGAGGACCAAAGAAUAAAUUGCAUUCCUUCGCUGCUGCGUUGGUUUAAAAAAUGUCUUGUGGAAGACCUUACGCUUCAAGAUCUAUUGGUGACAGAGAAAUCGGAAGUCAAGCUUAUCUUGCAGCUUUUUAGAGUAGUUCCACCCACAAACACAAAGAGCUCCGUACAAAUCGGUGAUCUCAGACGGGAUGAUCCUAAGAGCUCUCUUUUGACAGUGAUGAAGGAACUCAACAUGAUUUGUCUCGUUCUGCUUGCUGCUGUGCAGCGAGUCAAACUACAGGAUAAGGAAGAAAGUUCACCACAGCCGACAGUUUUCCAGCUUGUAUCCAAAGAGCCUUACAAUAACAUAAUUAAAGAGCUCAAAGAAGUGAUUUUUCCUUUGCUUCCGGAUCCUUGCAGUGACUUGGAGGACCGUGAUCAUCAAGAUCAAGACCUUGUUGUCCAUGAACUGGUGUCUCUUUUCGUACAAGAGUUAUGGUUGGAAAAGCCUAUUCCUCGACAGUUUCUGUCAAACUUGCUUUAUCAAUGUGAUAAUGGAUACCCUGUGGUCAAUUCACUGAUUCUAGCGUUUGGUGGAGAAAAGUCCGUUUCGAAUUGGAUAAAAAAGGAUGAUUCUUGAAAGCUGAGGCUGCCUAUAGCUUCAGUUUUGCAUGCAUGGUGGUGUUAGAAAUGAGAAAAAUUGAACUUAUUUUUUAGGUGAAUAAGCUCCUCGGUCUAUCUUAGACUGAAAAUGUUAAAAAAGUAAACAUCAAAAACCUUGGAGGGUGAUAGCAGCAGAACCUUGGUGAUGCAGUAUCAGGUAAUACCAACUGCAAUAUCUCUGCUGCAGAUAAAAAUAAUCACUUGGAUCAAUGUAUUUUGGUUUUGACUUGUCAAAAACUUUCAAAACGAAAAACUUUUUGUUUUAACAAGUGCCCCAUGUACAAUAAAGAAAUAAGAACUCACUGCAAGCUUUGAAUUCAAGUAUAAUUUAUUAUGAAAGUCAGAUCAAAAUUCCA